GGCCCAGCCCAGCCCAGCCCAGCCCAUUACCCCACAGCCGUCACCUUCACCUCCUCUGCUCCGUAGCGCCGCCGCCGCCAUCCGUGGCGGCAAGGCAAUCCACCGAACACCUCGCGCGCGUGCAGUUUCCGCAAUGGCCUCAACGCACCACCUCACCAGCCCCGCCGCCGCCGCCGCAACCUCCGCCACCACCUUCUCCAGGGCGGCUCUCAUCAAGCAUGCCUACGCUAGGCCCUCUUGCUCCCUUCUCCACGCCCCGCUCCUCCGCGCCGCCCCCCGGCCCGCGCUCCUCUCCUCCGCCCCCGCCCCCGCCGCCGCGGUAUCCACCACCGCCGCCCCCGCGGCCGCGGCCGACGCUAUGGACGCCGUGGAGGACUGGGGGCUGAGGCCGCUGAGCGAGGUGGACCCGGAGGUGUACGACCUAAUCGAGCGCGAGAAGCGGCGGCAGCGUUCGGGCAUCGAGCUCAUCGCGUCGGAGAAUUUCACCUCGCUCGCCGUCAUGGAGGCGCUGGGUUCCCCGCUCACAAACAAGUACUCGGAGGGCAUGCCGGGUGCGCGCUACUACGGCGGGAACGAGGUCAUCGACGAGGUGGAGGAGCUCUGCCGGGCGCGCGCGCUCGCCGCGUUCCGCCUGGACCCGGAACGGUGGGGCGUCAACGUGCAGCCUUACUCGGGGUCCCCCGCCAACUUCGCGGCGUACACGGGGCUGCUCCAGCCGCACGACAGGAUCAUGGGGCUCGACCUGCCCUCCGGGGGACACCUCACCCACGGGUACUACACGGCGGGCGGCAAGAAGAUUUCGGCGACCUCCAUCUACUUCCAGAGCCUGCCGUAUAAGGUCAGCUCCGACACUGGGUAUGUCGACUACGACAAGCUGGAGGAGAAGGCCAUGGAUUUCCGCCCAAAGCUUAUCAUCUGUGGUGGUAGUGCGUACCCUCGGGAGUGGGAUUAUGCAAGGCUCAGGGCCAUCGCAGACAAGUGCGGGGCCAUGUUGCUCUGUGACAUGGCUCAUAUCAGUGGUCUUGUCGCUGCGCAGGAGGCUUUGAAUCCUUUUGAGUACUCCGAUGUGGUUACCACUACGACCCACAAGAGUCUUAGAGGACCAAGGUCUGGUAUGAUUUUCUACAGGAAGGGCCCAAAGCCUCCGAAAAAGGGCCAGCCUGAGGGUGCUCUGUAUGACUAUGAGGACAAGAUCAACUUUGCUGUAUUCCCAUCACUCCAGGGGGGCCCUCACAAUCACCAGAUUGCUGCUCUAGCUGUAGCCUUGAAACAGGCCAUGUCACCUGGAUUCAAGGCCUAUAUCCAGCAGGUCAAGGCAAACACAGUUGCCCUUGGUAACCAUUUGAUGAGCAAGGGCUACAAGUUGGUUACUGAUGGAACAGAGAACCACCUUGUUCUCUGGGAUCUCCGUCCUCUUGGCUUGACUGGUAAUAAAGUUGAGAUGCUAUGUGACCUAUGCAACAUUACACUGAACAAAAAUGCUGUCUUUGGUGACAGCAGUGCAAUGACACCUGGCGGUGUUCGCAUCGGUACACCUGCUAUGACCUCAAGGGGUUUGGUUGAGAAGGACUUUGUGCAGAUUGCUGAGUACCUUCACCAAGCCGUGACCAUCUGCUUGAGCAUCCAGGAGGAGCAUGGCAAGCUUCUCAGGGACUUCAAAAAGGGCUUGGUGGGAAACAAGGACAUAGAGAACCUGAGGGCGGAGGUCGAGAAGUUCGCCACUUCGUUUGAGAUGCCUGGCUUCAGGGUGUCUGACAUGAAGUACACAGAUUAGAUUGUUGACCUCGGUGCAAACCCUCCUGUUACAGAACAUUGGCACAAACUCUUUCUGUUACAGUAACAUUGGUGCCUCUGAAAUGUCACGUGAAUGGUGGUACCUGAACUUCACACAACUAGAGAGGUAGUAGCUUUCAGUUUAGUGACGCCAUUCUGUUGGUCUGCUAUUUGAAAGGUCUAUUUUGCUGGAACUGUUAAUGAUAUGUAUGUUUAGAGAAUAAUGGUUGGGAAAAUGGCAUUACAUUGCAGAUAAUUCUGCUUAGCUCGGUCUUCCAAAUGUUCUGUAAUAAAGCUUCCCUUUGUUUGUUAGUUGGCUUGA